AUGUCUCAACCUGUGGAGGAAAAGAGCGCUGUCCAAGCAAGCAGCGACCCCGCGCAAACAACCGAUACUGGCAACGCCAGCAUGCCCAACACGAACGGCCAUGACCAGGAGAGAUCGCCCACCGGUAUCAGCUCCUCGCCGGCCGACACGUUGAUGGACAGGGACCAAGGCAAGGAGAAACAAACCGCGAGCUCACUCGACCCCUCGGCCGACAAGGCUCCUGCCGCUGAACCCGCGGCUUCGGUCGAGAGCGACACGGCCGAAGAUGAGUACUACUUUGACGACAACGACUCGGAGCAGAGGCGGCGAAACGACAUGGUGCAGCAGCUAGCACGCACCUACACGUCCCGAUCCAACGCGUCGGCCGCCGCUGAAGAAUAUGGCAAUACAAACCCGUUCCUGAUUGCAAGCGAGGACCCGGAGUCGCCCCUGAACCCGAACGGCAGCAACUUCAAGGCCUACGCCUGGGCCAAGGCCAUCGCAAGCAUGGUCGCGGCCGAGGGCGGUUCAUUCCGUACCACUGGUAUCUGCUUCCAGAACAUGAACGUUUUCGGCUUUGGUGCCGCGACGGAUUUCCAGAAAACCGUGUCAAACGUCUGGCUCGAGGCGGCAAACAUGCUUAGGACGUUGGUAGGCAUGGGUAAGACGACAAGGAUUGACAUCCUGCGGGGUUUCAAUGGCGUUGUACGAAAGGGAGAGAUGUUGGUUGUGCUGGGUCCACCUGGUUCGGGCUGCAGUACAUUCCUCAAAACGAUUGCCGGCGAGACAAACGGGCUGAACGUCGACAAGAGCGCCUACUUCAACUACCAAGGUGGACUUUGUGAGACAGGUUUGUCAGCAAAGGAAAUGCACAAACGCCACCGAGGAGAGGCAAUCUACACUGCAGAAGUUGAUGUACAUUUCCCACAGCUGUCGGUUGGGGAUACGCUUACCUUCGCUGCGCAUGCCAGGGCUCCCCGCAGGAUUCCUGCAGGGGUCUCCAAGACCCUCUUCGCAAACCACAUUCGCGAUGUUGUCAUGGCAAUAUUCGGAAUCGCACACACCGUUAACACUCGCGUCGGAAACGAAUACAUCCGUGGUGUCUCUGGUGGUGAGAGAAAACGUGUGACAAUCGCAGAAGCUGCAUUGUCCGGCGCUCCUCUGCAAUGUUGGGACAACAGUACCCGUGGCCUGGACAGCGCCAACGCAAUCGAGUUCUGCAAGACACUCCGUCUGCAGACAAGGCUCUUCCAGACCACAGCGUGCGUCAGUAUCUAUCAGGCACCGCAGUCUGCAUACGACUUGUUUGAUAAAGCUGUCGUUUUGUACGAAGGGUAUCAGAUCUAUUUUGGUCCCGCCGACGAGGCCAAGCAGUACUUUGUGAACCUGGGCUUCGAGUGCCCUGCCCGCGCCACUACUCCCGACUUCUUGACCUCGAUGACUUCGCCACAGGAGCGUAUCGUGCGUCCUGGCUUCGAGGGCAAGGCACCAAGGACACCGGAGGAAUUCGCCAUUGCCUGGGCCAACAGCGCCGAAUACACGGCACUCCAGGCCGACAUUGAGAACUACAAGUCGACGCAUCCUAUCAACGGCCCUGACGCCGAGGCAUUCCGCAGGUCCAGGGCGGCUCAGCAAGGCCGGGGUCAAAGGCCCAACAGUCCUUACACUCUGUCCUUUUACGAGCAGACAAAGCUAUGUCUGUGGCGUGGAUGGAAGCGUCUGCUGGGUGAUCCCACCCUCACCGUCGGCGCACUGUUUGCCAACACCCUCAUGGCCCUGGUUAUCUCAAGUAUCUUUUACAACCUGCAAAUGACGACCUCCAGCUUCUUUCAGCGAGUGGCCCUCGUUUUUCUUUUUCUUUUUUCUCUCUCUCUGGCUGUCUUGAUCUCACCCGGUUAUUCUAACUCGUCCAUCCAGAUUCUAAUCUUGUUCGCCCAACGCCCCAUCGUCGAAAAGCACGAUCGUUACGCCUUGUACCAUCCGUCCGCAGAAGCCGUGGCCUCGAUGCUUUGUGACAUGCCCUACAAAGUUUGUAACGCCAUUGUAUUCAACCUUGUGCUAUACUUCAUGGCCAAUCUGCGAAGAGAACCAGGGGCUUUCUUCUUCUACCUCCUGAUCUCGUUUGCGACGGUUCUGGCUAUGUCCAUGAUGUUCCGUACCAUCGCUUCCAUGUCUCGUUCGCUUUCCCAGGCGAUGGUGCCAGCUGCUACAAUCAUCCUGAUUCUCAUUAUUUUCACCGGAUUCGUUAUCCCGCUCGACUAUAUGCUGCCUUGGUGUCGAUGGCUCAACUACAUUGACAUUUUGGCAUAUUCCUUCGAGUCUCUUCUGAUCAACGAGUUUGCUGGACAACGUUACACCUGUACCGAAUUCGUUCCACGAGCAGAGUAUCCCGGUUAUGAACAGCUCACUGGGACCAACAGGGUCUGUCAGGCCGUGGGCUCUGUUCCUGGUCAGUCGUUCGUCAAGGGUGAGGACUACCUCUACAGCUCCUUCAGGUACGAAACGGCCAACAAGUGGCGAAACUUUGGCAUCCUCAUCGCUUUCAUGAUCUUUUUCUUGUUCACGUACAUGGUUGCGGCCGAGAAUGUGCGAGAGAAAAAGUCCAAGGGUGAGGUGCUUGUGUUCCGCCGUGGACAAAAGCCUGCAGCUAUCAGGGAUGCCAAGACAGACGCCGAGGCUGGAGCGCCCAAGGUCGGCGGCGCAGUUGUCGCUGCCAACAUGACGGAGGAGGGUGCCGGUUUUAUCCAGAGGCAAACGAGCACUUUUGGUUGGAAGGAUGUUUGCUAUGAAGUUCAGAUCAAGAAGGAGACGAGACGCAUCCUGGACCAUGUCGAUGGUUGGGUCAAGCCCGGAACUCUGACAGCAUUGAUGGGUGUAUCUGGCGCUGGAAAGACGACUUUACUCGACUGCUUGGCAGACAGAACUUCGAUGGGAGUCAUCACCGGUGAGAUGCUGGUAGACGGCCACCAGCGAGACGCUUCCUUCCAACGCAAAACGGGCUACGUUCAGCAGCAAGAUCUUCAUUUACAAACGACGACAGUCCGUGAGGCAUUGAACUUUAGUGCUCUGCUCCGUCAACCCGCUCAUGUACCUCGCGCCGAAAAGCUGGCUUAUGUUGAUGAAGUUAUCCGACUUCUUGAUAUGCAAGAGUACGCCGAUGCUGUCGUCGGUGUCCCUGGAGAGGGUCUGAACGUGGAACAGAGGAAGCGUUUGACCAUCGGAGUGGAACUCGCAGCCAAGCCCCCUCUGUUGCUAUUCGUAGACGAGCCAACUUCUGGAUUGGAUUCGCAAACCUCGUGGGCGAUUCUUGACUUGCUCGAAAAGCUCACCAAGAGCGGACAGGCAAUCCUCUGCACCAUCCACCAGCCAUCGGCCAUGCUAUUCCAACGUUUCGACCGGCUUUUGUUCCUAGCCAAGGGCGGGAAAACAGUUUACUUUGGCGACAUUGGUGAAAACUCCAAGAUCAUGACCGAUUACUUUGAGCGUAAUGGCGGCUUUCCCUGCCCCCACGAUGCCAACCCGGCCGAAUGGAUGUUGGAGGUUAUUGGCGCAGCUCCAGGAACCACAUCCGACAUCGACUGGCAUCAGACAUGGCGGAACAGCCCCGAGUUUGCUGAAGUCCAUGCAGAGCUGGACAAACUCAAGGAGCAGCCCGCAAACACGCCGCCACCCACUCAAGACAAAGCCAGCUACCGCGAGUUUGCAGCGCCCUUCCACCAGCAGGUUUUUGCUGUGACCCACCGUGUCUUCCAGCAGUACUGGCGCACCCCGUCGUACAUCUACGCCAAAACAGCGCUCUGUGCCGUCACGGCCUUGUUCAUCGGGUUUGUCUUUUACGACGCGCCCAACACGCAACAAGGCCUGCAGAACCAGAUGUUUGCCAUCUUCAACAUCCUUACAGUCUUUGGCCAGCUCGUGCAGCAGACAAUGCCGCACUUUGUUAUUCAGCGUGACCUGUAUGAGGUCAGAGAGAGGCCGAGCAAGGUCUACUCAUGGAAGGUCUUCAUGCUGUCGCAGAUCAUCGUCGAAAUCCCUUGGAACUCACUGAUGGCUGUCGUCAUGUUCUUCUGCUGGUACUACCCCGUCGGCCUCUACAAGAACGCCAUUUUGGCCAACCAGGUCACGGAGCGUGGCGCCCUGGCAUUCCUCUACCUCUGGGGUUUCUUGAUAUUCACCUCAACCUUUACCGACCUGAUGAUUGCCGGCUUCGAGACGGCCGAGGCCGGCGGCAACAUUGCAAACCUGUUCUUCUCCCUUUGUCUCAUCUUCUGCGGUGUGCUUGCCAACCCGGACACCAUGCCCAGGUUCUGGAUCUUUAUGUACCGCGUCUCGCCAUUCACCUACAUCGUGUCUGGCUUGUUGUCUGUCGCAGUCGCAAACUCCGAGGUUCGGUGCGCCAACAACGAGUUCCUUCAUUUCGACCCCGUAAACGGGACAUGCGCCGAGUUUAUGAAAAACUACAUCAAUGGGAUAACCAUCCCCAACGGUCCAAAAAUCCCAGGAGCCGGGGGUUACCUGCGCCCUGACACCGAAUCGUCGAGGUCCGACUGCGCCUUCUGCCCAAUCAAGGAUACGAAUAUCUUCCUUCAGGGCGCACACGCCAGCUACGACAACCGCUGGAGGAAUUUUGCCCUCAUUUUUGCAUAUAUCGUCUUCAACAUCAUCGCCGCCCUGUUCGUAUACUGGGCUGUGCGUGUGCCCAAGAAGAAGCUCGGUGGUAAGAAGAAGGCCGGUGACGCCGCCGCCGCCGCCGGUGCUGGUGCAGGUACUGCGAGAGCGAGCUCGAGCAACGAAAAGGCCAAAAUGCAAAGAGAAAAGGGCGAGGUAGAGGGCUUGACGAGUGCCGUUCUAGGAACGAGCGUCGCUGGUAGUGAUGCGCCGAUGACGACCACGACGGAAGGCGAGGGCGAAAAGGCGAAGCGGAGGCCCAGCGGUGAAGAAAUUGUGAGGUGA